AUGGCUUUUCUGGUGAAACAAAUGGUGGGAGGGCAUGUAAAGAACCUAACCGGGGGUUUGACUGAGGAAAAGCCCGAAGGAGAGAAAUCGGAAGCCGCAGCGGCAGGAAUGACCCAGGAGGAAUUUGAACAAUAUCAACAACAGUUAGAGGAGGAAAAGCAGGAACGAGAUGCUAGUUUUGCGCAGAAGAAAGCUGAGCGGGCAACAGUUAGAAGUCACUUCCGGGACAAAUACAGACUGCCAAAGAAUGAGCUGGAUGACACUCAGAUCCAGCAGGCGGGGGAUGACGUGGAGCUGCCCACAGAGCUAGCCAAGAUGAUCGCUGACGACAACAAGGAGGAGGCGUCCAAAACGUCUGUCCUGGGCCAGCUGACCAACAUCCAGAAUGUGGACAUGGACCAGCUGAAGGACAAGGCCCAGGCCACGCUGGAAGACCUCAAACAGUCUGCUGAGAAGUGCAAUCUCAUGUGA